AUGGCGGAAGAUGACAGGAUGGAUAUAGACGAGGUUGAAAAGCCAAAGGAGGUAUCGAAGACUUCAAAACCUAAAUUUGAAGUAAAAAAAUGGACAGCUGUGGCAUUUUGGUCCUGGGAUAUUCAGAUUGAAAAUUGUGCAAUUUGCAGAAAUCAUUUGAUGGAACCAUGUAUUGAAUGCCAACCCAAUUCGAUGGCUAAUGGAGGCGAGGAAUGUAUUGCCGCAUGGGGAAUGUGUAAUCACGCUUUCCAUCUACAUUGCAUCAAGAGAUGGCUAAAGACGAGAAAUGCUUGUCCUUUGGACAAUACAGAGUGGGUUUAUCAGAAGUUUGGAAAGUAG